AUGGUUUGGAAGUUCACAAUACUCGUGGUGUUUGCUGUGGACUGCUUCGGUCACGAUGACGCGGUAUCACAUCAAAGCGUAGUCCUUUACAGUGGUCACCAUGGAGCACUGUCACACUUCGGACACCAUGCACCGGAACACCACGAGGAAUAUGCUUGGUCAUAUCCGUUAUAUGACUUCUCGUACAAAGUCGAAGAUCCACAUACACACGACUACAAGGGACACCAAGAAACCAAAGACGGAGACAAGGUCAAAGGGAUGUACUGGUUGAUACAACCUGACGGCCUUAAACGAACGGUCAAAUAUUAUGUUGACAAAGACAGUGGAUUUCAAGCUGAAGUUGAAUAUUCAGACCCAUAUCACACGCCUGAACAUUACGAAGGCCAUCAUCCAAUAUCUGAAGUAUACAACGUGGUCCAACAUCAUCCCUCGCAACAUCAUGACGAAAGUGAUUAUGUUAAAAAUCAUUAUAAUCAUAUUUUCACAUUGUUCGGUGUCGCAUUAGCGGUGUCGGGUCAUGAUCACCCCGCGGUCUCUGAAUACAAAGUGUAUAUCCACCAUCCGGUACACCACGGCCACCACGGCAAGCUCUCACAUGUCGGAUCUCAUGUCCCGGAGCAUCAUGAAGAAUACGCCAAGUCGUAUCCGUCAUAUGAGUACUCGUACCAAGUUGAUGAUCCCCACACACAUGAUCAUAAAGGCCAAGAGGAAACCAGGCAUGGCGACGUCGUGAAGGGCAUGUACUGGCUCAUCCAACCAGAUGGCCUUAAACGUACUGUCAAGUAUCACGCAGAUAAACACAGCGGAUUUAAAGCCCACGUUGAAUAUUCGGACCCAAGUCACCAUGAUCACCACGAUGAACAUAAAGAACAUCACCACCUUCCUGUGUCGAAGCAGUAUGUCUCUAUUCACCAUGAACCUGAUCAUCAUCAUGAAGAUAACCAUGAGGAACACCAUGAAGAAGACCACCACAUGCCGGAACAUCACGAACAUGAAGAUCAUGAACCUGAACACCAUGAUGAAGAACACCAUGAGCCGGAACACGAGGAGCCAAAACACCACGAGCCAGAACAUCAUAAACAUGGCCACCAUAACCUAGUACAUUAUGAGGUGAAACACUACGUACACCACGAACCGCAUCAUGAGCCGGAACAUCAUGAACAUGAACACCAUGAGCCAGAACAUCAUGAACAUGAACACCAUGAGCCGGAACAUCAUGAACACGAAGACCAUGAGCCGAAACAUCAUGAAGAUGACCACCAUGAGCCGGAACACUAUGAGAUUAAAUACUACGUACACCAUGAACCGCAUCACCAUGAAGAUGAACACCAUGAAAUUGAACAUCACGAACCAGAACAUUACAAACCAGACCACCACGACCAUGAAUACUUUGUUCACGAACACCAUCCUGAACCAGUACACAAACAUCAUGUUAUUGAAUAUUACGACAGAAGUCAUGACCACCACAAAUAUCACGGUCACCAUCACGAUAACGGACAUCGUGUUCAUCACAAACAUCAUCAUCAUGAUGAACAUCACCAUCAUGGUUAUAAAAACUGA